UCUGCUCUUCGCUUUGAAUGUCGGGACGGCAGCUGGCGCACGCACCUGUCACACUUCCGCAGAAUAAGCGCCCUCUUUAGCAGGCAACAUCCAAGAUGGCGGAUGAAGUAAAUCUAGCAGAGUUGGCUGAGAAGAAGAAGAAGCGUACCUUUAAGAAGUAUGCCUACAGAGGUGUAGAUUUGGAACUGCUGCUUGAUAUGUCCAGUGAACAGUUGAUGGAACUGUUCAAAUGCCGUGCCCGCCGGCGUUUCUCCAGAGGUCUGAAGCGUAAACCCAUGGCCCUGAUCAAGCGUCUUCGCAAGGCUAAAAAAGAAGCACCACCAAUGGAGAAACCAGAGGCAGUCAAGACUCAUCUGCGUGACAUGAUUAUUGUACCUGAAAUGAUUGGUAGUAUUGUUGGUGUGUACAAUGGUAAAACAUUCAAUCAGGUAGAAAUCAAGCCUGAAAUGAUUGGACACUAUCUUGGAGAAUUCAGCAUAACAUACAAACCUGUGAAGCAUGGCAGACCUGGUAUUGGUGCCACCCAUUCUUCAAGAUUUAUCCCUCUGAAGUAAAUGUUUCCAUUACCAAAAUUAGAAUAUUGCCACAUAACAUCUGAAAGGCACAGGAUAUAAGAAGAAACAAAACUCUGAGAGAAGAUAAAAAGAAAAACGUGUAAAUAUUGUGCUUUUCUCUCCAGAACCCAUGAAAGUCUGGUAAUAAAACACUUAUGAAUAAGA